ACCGUCUUCCUGUUUUUUUUAUCGCUUUGUUGCCUCAAAUGACGAAGUCAUGUGACAGUUGGACUACCAGAGACUGUUGACUCUGCCUGUCCUGUUACACAGCUCUCUGUCUUCACACUGAAGUCACCCAGAUAAGCGGAUUCACAAUGCUGUCUUUAGUCAGUAUCACCAGCCUACUGGCGCUUGUCUCUGGAAGCUCACUCUCUGCAUGUGGUACCGAUGGAUCUAACAAUGAGUUGCUCCUGUCACUCAGUAAGAAUCUCCUUCGCUCUUUGGAGACACAGGAAGGACUCCCCAAUCCCAGUGUCCACUUGGCAUUGCGGCUUUCCGAUAAACACAACAAGGUCAAGGAGGCCCAAUACCUGAAAAGACUGCAAACUGACUUGCACAAUAACCUUCAAAGCUCUCUCUCUAAAAAUGAGCCUGUGACUGGCCUCAUGGCACUUUACACUCUGGCUCUGAAGUCCUCCUGCGAUAAUGGCAGCACAACCACCUUUACUGUCAAUAAUAAGAUUCAGCCGCUGCUGACGCACCUGAAGAAGCAGAUGGAACAAGAAAAAGAGCACAUUCACACCAGCCACCGCGCUUUGACCAACUAUUACCAGUACUCUCUGGGAGUGCUUGCUCUUUGUGUGAGUGACGUCAGGGUCAACAACCAUGUCAGCAACAAGCUCAUCAGGGCAGUAGAGGCUGGGCACUUCACACAUGGAGACAUUGAGAGUAUUGAUACUUAUGCCAUGGCUGGAAUGGCACUGCAGUGCGUGAAUAACACUGGUUUUCAUACGGACAAUGUUUCUCAGCUUGACGCAGCCCUAACUAAGAUCAAGGAGAAGCUCUUGGCCGCUCGUAGGACUGACGGCCAUAUUGGCAAUGAGUUCAGCACAGGCAAUGCAGUUCAAGCCUUAGCAGCAUUGGGCCAACCAGUAGAAAAGUGUGGUGCCACGAUGAAUGCCAUGAGGACUGAUGCCAGAAACAACAAAUACCACAACCCCAUGGCCAUAUCUCAGAUCCUGCCAGCUCUCCACCAGAAAACCUACCUGUCACUUAGAGAAAAGAACUGUGAGAAUGAGGAUGACACUCUGGUGCUGGAGCCCAUAGUUACUGUGACAGUUUUACCAAGUGAGACCAAGGUGACCCUGAAAGUAGAAGUGGUGAACUACAGUAAGGAACAAACUACUUACUCUGUGGAAGUGCCAAAGGGCAGCACUCUGUUGGAGGCCCUUGAAAUUCUCAAACAGAGCAGUGCUUCUUUCACGUUUGAGAAGGAGGACAGCCUGUGGGGACCAUACUUAAGUGUGGUGAAUGGAGAGAAGGCGAGACGGAGUGACCGCAGAUACUGGCACCUCGCCUCAAAUGGCACUGGACUCACUGAGGGUGUCGGUGAUUACAAGAUUCAGGUGGCUCAAAAGAUCACCAUCGAAAACACAGGCUACUGAGAGGCAGUCGCUGCUGAUGCAGCUAAUGGUGACUAAUGAGAAUCAAGUCGAAAAAUCAAAAUCAGUCUUUAGUUUUUCUCUGCCAUUAGUUGUUUUAACUUGUGAUUGAUUAUACUUAAUUAAUCAUAUACUUCAUCUCU